UACAAAGAAGGGAGAGGCAGGCUCCCGGGGAAGCCAUGCAAACAUGUGGAAGCAGCAGAGCGACCAGCUGAUCGUUCCUCCCAGUGAGAGGAGGAGUGACCACUGAUGCUCCACUAAUCUGCACCGGAGAGCAAAAUCAGACGACAGAAACAGUAGCUGCAGUACAGACGGACAGGCCAGACGUGUUUUUGCCUGCAGAGGAUGGGAAGGCUGGGGAGGAAGUGACACGUUCAAAGAGAAAACAAGAGCAGUUUAUAUUUAGAAUCCUUCUUGGUUGAGAGGGGGGACGAACGCUCAGUCAGGAACAAGAGCCAGCGUUCUCCAACUCAGAAGCGGCGCAGUGAUGUCCUGGUUGUCUCCGGUCCAGUGGGCCAAGUGGACGUGGUCGGCGGUGACGGGGGUUGCGGGGAACGACGGGCAGCUAGAUGACAAUUCCGACUCGGAGGGGACCUUUGAGACCCCAGAGGCUGAAUCUCCAGGUGUUGUGAAAUUGCUGAGUCAGCUGGACAACUCCACACACACAGAGCCCUUUGUCCACAAGAUUUCCAACCAGGAUGAAGUGGACGCCCUCAACAACCUGACCAACUCGUCCCCCAACAACAAUAGCUUUGGUCUGAGCCAAAAUCUCAAUCUGACUGUAACACCACCAUCAAAACCUCCCCCUCAAGCACAGAGGCCUCCAUCUCUGCCAGUCCACUCUGUGCUGAACAAACCCGAUCCCUCAGAGGUGGACGAUGAAGCUCCUGUGACCGCCGACCCGAAAUUAGUACCGAGCCAUGGUGACCACUCCCUGCAUCAUGACCUGCUCAACGGCAAUGUGACCUGCGAUCCAGUUAAGCAGGCCUGCAACCAGGAGUGCUCCAGUGAGGUCAGCAGUACAAUUAACAAAAAGUUAAGUAAAAUAAAGCCGGAUCAGCAAAAGGACCUGAGCGGAAAGGAUGGACAUGGCGGCCACGCUACGGACGAAGAGAAGCUGGCCAGCAGCACAGCUGUCAAACCGGACAAAGAGCAAAGCAUAUGCCAUGUGACCUCCAAACCAGAUGAUCCAGACAGCUGCACACUGCACAAUGAAGACCAGAGUGAAUGGAAAAACAAGUCCGAAGGAAGUGCGAUGCAAAAAACAGGAAGUCAGAUCCUGGACUCUAUCUGCAUCAGUGAGGAGGAGAAACAGGCCGUUCUCGCUCUCAUUAAAGAAGAGAUCAUCACCAAAGAGGUGGAAGUGAGCGAAUGGAAGGGGAAGUAUGAGGACCGCAGCCUCGAAGUCAAUGAGAUGAGAAAGAUUGUUGCCGAGUAUGAGAAGACAAUCGCUCAGAUGAUCGAGGACGAGCAAAGGAACAGCCUGAGCUUCCAGAAGUCUUUGCAUGCUGUGACCAUGGAGAAGGAAGCCGCCCUGGCAGACCUGAACUCGGUGGAACGCUCGCUGUCUGACAUCUUUCGGCGCUAUGAAAACAUGAAGAGCACCCUGGAAGGCUUUAAGAAAAAUGAAGAGGUGCUGAAGAAAUGUGCUCAGGAGUAUCUGGCCAGAGUCAAGCAGGAGGAGCAGCGAUACCAGACUCUCAAAGUCCAUGCUGAGGAGAAACUGGACAAGGCCAACGAGGAGAUCGCUCAGGUGCGCAUAAAGGCGAGCUCGGAAAACGUGGCGCUGACCGCCAGCCUGAGGAAAGAGCAAAUGAAGAACGAGUCGCUGGAACAAGCCCUGCUGCAGAAGAAUCAAGAGAUGGAGGAGCUCACUAAGAUUUGUGACGAGCUCAUCGCCAAAAUGGGAAAAGUAGACUGAAAGGAUCUUCCUGGGGCUCAACCAUGACUUCCUGUGCAUGCCUCCAACCGACAAGACGCUAAAACCCCCACCCACAGGUGUCUGCUCCUACUCCCUCUCUCUGAGAUCGUGCUAAUAGGGACUUUUUUCUCACCACUUUGUGGACCCCUCGGUUUUUUGGUCGUCCUGUCCCUGGACAACAAUGACCUGCUUGUGGCUUAGAUGAAAUUCCCAGCAGCUUUACGGCUAAAUUGUCAUGCAGCUCCUCCAGCAGGAUGACAUCCUUUUUGACUCCUAUUCAGAAGAUGCUCAGAGAAGCUUUGACAAGGGUUGUUUUACGUUCAAGCAACAACCUGAAUAGCGUAUUCUUCUGAGCCACGCUUGAGAAGUUUGUAUAGCAGAAAAGGCAGGCAAAGUCUAGUCCAAGAUUAUUCAUCUAGUGCGAAAGAUAUUUGCAGCAGAGUCCUAAAACCACUAAGACGCUGUCAUAUAAAUCAGAGAUGACAAACACUUUUUUAUCGUGUGCACACCACAGUCACAGAAGCCCUCGGAGGGCCGCGUCAUGAUAUUAUUUUUACACAAUUGCACCUUCAUUUGAUUAUCAUAGUUUACCAACAAAUUGAUGCCUUGAAAUUAGAAGUCAAUGUGAUAUUUUAGUUGGGCUUGUGUAGAAUCUAAUUUGUAAAAAAGCUUGGAAUAGCUUGUAUCAAAUAAUAUUAAGUUAAGAACUGCAUUUGCAUGCACUACAUUUUUUUCUCCAGUCAAAAUUGAAAUACAUUUAUCAAGAAAGAUGAAAUGCCUUAUUACACAUUAUAUUCAGGCUUUUCAUGGGCCAGUUUGACACCUGUGAUAAAGAUGAUCUUUGACUAGAUUUUUUGCAGUGGGUGCCUAAAGACAGCGAAGCGCUAAGUUAUUUCACGAAUUUAGCAAAUCUGACAAAAUGGACAAACAUCCAAUGUCCACUACAGAGAACGCUGGUUCUCAGGGCUAUACAAAGUCUGCCCCCUCAGUCUUUAGAUUUCUGAAAACCACUUAGUCGAAUAGCCUGGUCUAGUCAAAGCUGUACGAGAAUAAGGCUGAAAAGCUAGAUCAGGAGAAACAAUAUAUCUCAAUGUAACAGUAUUUUAAAAUCCUUCACAACUUAGUGUUGUAAAUGCACACAACUUUUAUCAGACAAUCAAUGAACACUGUGGCACUUGGUGGGUUUUUUAUGUUGCACUGCACCAGGACAUAGAGUGCUGACAACCACCAAGGCCAAACUCCUAUUUUGAUCAAAUUAUACAUCUCUAUACAAGUGCAGAUCUCCACCUCAGCUGAACUGAUAGUAAAACUAGAAGAGAAAACAUUUGUGGAGUGCGGAAUGUAAAAAUUCAAUCACACUUUUGUAUGUGAUUUAUUGUGAAUAUUCAGCUCACUUUUCCCACAUUUCUAUAUACAGUUAGCUUAUGUGAGAAAUGUUGAGUCUCAAUGGUAAAAUCAAAUCUUCCACGGUUCGGCAGUUAAAGAUGUGGGUGUGUCUUUGCGGACUGUGAGGUGAGGAAACAGUGGGAUAUUUGAAUACUUUCUAGAGAUUUAACAUUUAGAUUUAACAUUUAAAUCUAAAUUGAAAAUAUAGAUUUAACAUUUAGAUUUUACUGUACAUUUAGAUAUAGAUUUAACAUUUAGAUUCACCAUUUGAUUUAUACCUCAUAGGUCAAAAAAGUGAGCUUAAUGCGAAGAAACGGAGCUACCGGUAAAUAUUCAAAACAUAUCAGCUAUAAAAGUGUGAUCGGAUUUUUACAUUCAGCACCCCUAAAUUUCUGCAAUCAGCGUAAUCUGGAACAAGAAUGAAGCAGGAAAUGAUCACACACAACAAACACAAUAGACAACAAUCCUUGAAUGCCGAACAGUUAACUCCUGGUGCAUAUUAAAUAUAUGCUGUGAUUAGUUUCAGACAUGUUUAACACUUGGUUACAUUUGCACAAUUCCACACGUCCGAAAAGGGGUAGGAGGAACCAAGCGAGGCUUAUAUUUAAUCCUUCCUACCCCUUCUCUACAUCUAUUACUGAUCAUUUUUUUGCACCAUAACUUUUACAAGUUUGUUCACUGCCUGUAGGAAAAAAAGAAAUGUACUGGAAAAAUCCAAAUAGCAAAUAGGAGUUAGAAGUGACACUAUUUACUGUAACAUGUUUUCUAACAAGUGAAACAAGUUAUUAAGUGUCAUGGUGAAUGAAAUACUGUAAGAUGUUAGGAUUUAAUGGCUGGGUCAAUUUGCAUAAUGGCUUGUCUGCAGACUUUAACUGCAUACUUUAUGGUGUUUCCAUAAAGUAUGUAUUAUGUAGAUCCCCGUGAAAAAUUAUGACUUUAUUUUCACUCUAUAUUGGUUAACUAGCUAUUUGUAGGCCAUACUCCUGUUUUACUACCACACUCCCAAGUCAUUACAGAUAUUUUGCAUGUACAGCUCAUACAUUCAUAAAUGAUCAGAACACGAUGUGCCAUUCCAGAACCGCAGUUGCAUUGCAUUUGUAUGUUAUCUCAAUUUUGUGUUGGCACAGUGAAGGCGUACUGUGUAUGUAUACUUUUGAUUGAAGAAAUAAUAAAGAUAUCAUCUAGUC